GCUGAAACAACCAGCCAUUUUGCCAAUGGAAGCGCAUAACGGAUUUAUAUUGGAAUAAACAGCAAUUCAAUAGGAACAUGAGACACAUUAUGAUGUUACGAUGAUAUUUGACAAUAAAUAAAUAUUCCUCGCUCGCUAAUGCAUUGUCCCGUCUGCCACCACUGCACGGACCACGCGCCGCAUAUAAAAUGCAGAAAAUUGUGAUUGUGUUUCACCUCUGCCAAGGGCCAUUUACAUUGCGCUUUAUCUCGCACGGGGACUGGUUUACUGCAAUGCCAUUUCAGUCGCUUUCGAACUCAUUGCGAGCGUAAAUGAACCAAAAAGAAGGGUGUCGCCGCGUCCAGACAUUAGUUAUGUGUACUGCAGCUUUAUUUGGACUGACUCCACAAAACAAGCAGGUGUGUGGUUUCACUCGGGCAGCCGCCGUAGUGUGCGCUGCGUCUCUGUCUCAGAUCUGUGUGGUGGACUUAAAUUUGAGCGCUCAAGCUCUCGCCGUCUCCCGUGGACAGAUAACGUUAGCUACGAAGCAAUCCGAUUUCUUUGGAUGACUUUUUCCGACCACGGAGCUAGGACCGAGCGACCAUUUAGAGCAUUAGGACAAGGAGAGAUCUUCAGUAUGAACACAGACGUCUGGAGGACCUGCGCCGCGCCCGACGGCCUGCGGAACGGGGACGCCAGCACUUCCUCCCUGGCGGCGAAGGGUUUUCGGAGCGUCCGACCCAACCUGCAGGACAAGAGGUCCCCGACCCCGGGCCAGAUGGCGGUGAACGGGACCCUGGGCAGCGGCAGCAGCCCCCUCAGCCACCUGCAGAGGCCCUUCUCCCCUCCGGGGUACCCCCCGCCACCCCCGGCUCUCAGCCCCAGCAUGGCUCUCCUGCAGCAGGGCAGGAGCGCAGAGCCCUCCGAUUACUCAGACGUCCUCUCCCUUGGCCACACCCACACCCAAUCGAGCGCCACGCCCACCUCCCGCUCCCCGGACGAGAAGAAGGCGUCGGCGAUCAAGACGCCCCUCUAUACAGGCUCCAGCCCCGUGGACGAGUCGGGGGUCCCCAACGCCGUCAGAACGACAGUGGACAGGCCAAAGGACUGGUAUAAAACCAUGUUCAAGCAGAUUCACGUGGUUCACAAACCAGAUGAUCAACACGCUGACGCAUAUAACGCCACAUAUUCAGUCGUAAACACAGACAGCUACAGCCCGUCGAACCCGGUCCAGGCCCAUCCCCCGCCCAGGACACACACCUACCGGCCCAUCUGCAAGAGCACGUCCGACAACAGCAACCUGGCCUUCAGAGAGCCCCCCCUCUUACACCCCACGCCCCCCCUCGUACACGCCUCUCCCUCGCCCGUACACCCCGCACCCUCGCCCCGGACCGUCCCGCCGCAGACCCAGCCGAGACCGCGCGACACGGACAGAGCCACGCCCGAAAUGAAUGAAUGGGGGCCUCCAGACCGAAAAGUGGACACUCGGAAAUAUCGCGCCGAGCCCAGGAGUAUCUUCGAAUACGAGCCGGGGAAGUCCUCUGUUCUGGAGCAGGACAGGCCGAUUAAUGACUUAAGCCCAGAUGAAAUAGAUUUAGAAAACGAACCCUGGUAUAAGUUCUUUUCUGAGCUGGAGUUUGGACGCCCGCCUCCUAAAAAAAUUCUGGAUUAUAAUCCAGACAGCUCAUCCCGGGGCUUCACAGAGAUGUCCCUGUACCCCUCGCCCGUCGACAGGAUUCCGGAACGGGCGUCGAGCUCGGCCAGCGACUACAGGAAGAGGAGGAAGUCCGAGCCGGUGGUGGCACAGCCCCAGCGACCCCAGAGCAGCCAGAACGUCAUUCAGAGCCCCUCCCCCCGCCCCGCAGACCCCCACAGGACCGGCAGCUACCCCCGAAAACCAGUCACCAGCUCCUCACCCCCGUCCCCUUCCAGAGGGCCUUCCAAAGGUGGGGUUAUUAGCAACGCGCACUCGCCACAUUUAGGUUGUUCAGGUCCCACCCACAAUGCCUCAGGUGAGCCGGGUCCCACGCGCCGCGGCGACGAGCAUUUGCCCGCCGUUCCACCGGGAUCCGAGCGUUCCUUCUGCUUCCGGAACGGCUGGCAGAGGCACCGGCAGGACGCGGAGAUCUGGAGCAGCGCCGAGGAGGCCGCCUCCCCAAAACUGAAGUCCCGGAGCUGCGACGACCUUCUGGGGGACGAGCAGGGGGGCGCGGGCGCAGGCGGGGCGCAGGCUCGGUCCGAGAGCGUGGGCUCGCUCACACACGAGGAGGCGCCCGACGGGUCGCCCCGGGCCAACGGGGAGGGCUUCGAGCCCCAGAGGCCCAAAUCCCGGCACCGGUCGGCCCAUGACGCGCCGGGCUUCCUCAGGCUCUACCGGAAGAUGCACCACAUCAACCGCGAGGACCUGCUGGCCUCCGAGGUCAUGUGCUCCGUCAAGUCCCGCAUCCUGGAGUACGAGAGGGAGAGGAGCGCCGGCGGAGGUCCGGGCUGGAGGGAGCUCGGCGAGGAGGUCCCGCGGGACAUGGUGCCCAACCGGAUCUCGGAGUACGAGAGGCUGAUCCAGAAGUCCAAGUCCAUGCCCAACCUCGGGAAGGAGGCGCUGUCGGAGGGGGGGACCCCGGCCUCCUCCAGGAGGAGCAGCUGCCCCAAGCACCGCUUCUCCAUCGAGUUCCUGCUGGACGAGGACCCCCCGAGCCGGAACCCGCCCGAGGGUGAGCCGCAGUGCCCCGGGGGCAGGGGUCCCGCGCCCGUCCACAUCCAGGUGACGGACGGGCACGGGAUUCACGCUGCCGCCCGGCAGGACUACUCGGACAGCGACCGCGAAGCCGGCGGGUCAGACCUCAGCGACUUCAUCCAGGUGGAGGGGUCGUCCUUCUGCAGCGAGAGCGACCUGGACCACUGCUCCCUCACCUCCUCUGAGAGCUUCUGUGGCUCCGGGUACAACCCCCACCACACCCACCCCCACCACCACCACCACCAACACCAUCACCACCAUCGCCAGCUGGUCAGCUCCUGCAAGGGGCACUGCCCGGCCUCCUACACCCGCUUCACCACCAUGGUCAGGCACGAGCGGGCCCGGCAGGAGGGGGCACGGCACCUGAAGGCCGAGGAUCCCGACUCCGGCCUCUCCAAGCUGGCCUUCCUGGUCAGCCCGGUGCCCUUCCGGCGGAAGAGGGGCCCGCCCCCCCAGAAGCGAGCGGCCAGGCCGAAGUCCAAGAGCUCGAUGUACGAGGCCCUGGACUCGGCCCUGAAGGACAUCUACGACCACAUCCGGGCCGAGAAGAGGCGGGGCAGCCUGCCGGACAGCAGCAUCCUGCACAGGCUCCUGCUGGAGCUGCUGCCGGACGUCCCGGAGCGGGGGUCCUCGCUCAGGGCGCUGAGCGGGCGGCGGCUCAACCCGCCGCGCCACCCGCAGCCUGACGGCGUGCCCGGCCACGCCCCCUACCCGCCCGAGAGCUCGCGGCUAGCCUACGGUGCCUCCUCCUACCGCCAGCACGCGGACAGCAGCAGCCGCAACCACGGCAACGCUAACGUGCUAACGUGCUAUCAAGAUAAGGACGCCUCCCGGGGAUACUCCUAUCCAGAGGUGGGGCGACACACUCCCCAAAACAGAAGACCCACCCCAGACAGAGAAAAACAGCCAGCCAGAGCAAUAUAUGACUUCAAAGCACAGACAGCAAAGGAGCUGAACUUUAAGAAGGGGGAGACGGUGCUCAUCAUCAGGCAGAUCGACAAGAACUGGUAUGAGGGAGAGCUCAGAGGACGGGUGGGGAUCUUCCCCAUCUCUUACGUGGAGAAGAUCCUGCCCACUGAGAGGAACCAGCCAGCCAGGCCUCCUCCGCCCGCGCAGGCCAGAGAGAUCGGGGAAGCCGUCGCCCGCUACAACUUCACCGCCGACACCAACGUGGAGCUUUCUCUCAGAAAGGGAGACAGAGUGGUCCUGCUACGGCAGGUGGAUCAGAACUGGUACGAGGGAAAGAUCCUGGAGACGCAGAAGCAGGGCAUCUUCCCCGUGUCCUACGUGGACAUCGUCAAGAGGUCCCCCGCCAAAAGCCCCGGCCCCCACACAGAGCCCCCCCUGCCCCACAGUCACCCCAGCGACCGGAUGCACUCUCUGAGCUCUUCCAAGUCUCAGCGAUCGGCGUACGCGCAAGACGCUCUGCACUGCCAGGGAGAACCGUUCCAGGCCAUUUACAACUACACCCCACGCAACGAGGACGAGCUGGAGCUCAAGGAGGGCGACGUCGUUGACGUGAUGGAAAAAUGUGACGACGGCUGGUUUGUCGGAACAUCAAGAAGAAGCAAGUUUUUUGGAACUUUCCCGGGGAAUUACGUGAAGCGUUUGUAACGUUGUUGAUACUCGCCUACCUGCUUGACUGUUCGGGAGAACCGAAAUGGAUGUGAACAGCUACAGAGGAAGAAGGAACGUCACAGACACGUCUGUUUUACACUAAAAGACAACUAUAGCUAUAACUAGCCAUCUUCGUAGAAGACUAUUCCAGCAAUCUUUGAAGUUUGAAGUAAUUGAUAUUCCAGUCAGUAUACGUUGAGCGUCCGAAUGCCGUCAUCUCCAGGAUCUGAAGGAAGAAGCGAACUGCUCCCCGCGAUGUGAGGAUAAUCUGUGCGCCACGUGUGUCGUGUUAAAAGUAUUUCACCGUAUUAUUU